AUGGGGCACAAGAAGCGCGCUGCCGCUCCUCGCUCCAAGCACCAGCCUGUGGCUGCGGCGCCGGCAGAUGAAGCUGAGGUCUGUCCUGAUCCCAACAACAAUCUGUCGAUUGUGAAGAUCGAGCCAGCUAUAGGCUCUCUCGAACUCGACGGGGCCGGUUCCGUCUCGGUCGCCGGCUCAAUCAAGCUGGAAUGCGAGCGAGCCCUAACGUCGCUGCGGCGGGGGAACCACACCAAGGCGCUGCGGCUCAUGAAGGAGUCGUGUUCCCGUCACGGGGACUACUCCCCGCACUCCGCCCUAAUCUACCGGGUCCAAGGGACGGUUUGUAUGAAGAUGGCUUCGAUAAUUGAUGACCCUAACGCCAAACAGAGGCAUUUGAGGAACGCCAUCGAUUCUGCCCGCAAGGCUGUGGAGCUGUCUCCCAACUCGAUUGAGUUCUCCCACUUCUAUGCUAAUUUGCUCUACGAGGUCGCUAAUGACGGGAAGGAGUAUGAGGAGGUGAUGAGGGAGUGUGAUAGGGCUUUGGAGAUACUGAAUCCUGUUGAUCCUGCCAAGGAGAGUUUGCAGGAAGAGAGUCAGCUCAAGAUAACCACAGCUGAGGCCAGGAUUGCUCAUGUGCAGGGUGAGCUGAGGAGCUUGAAACAGAAAUCCAGUAUUGCUUCCAUUUCCACUUGGAUGAAGAAUUUAGGGACAGGGGAGGAGAUUAGGUUGAUUCCUAUCCGACGUGCCACGGAAGACCCCAUGGAAGUUAGGUUGGUGCAGACGAGACGGCCUAAUGAAAUUAAAAAAGCUACCAAGACUCCAGAGGAGCGAAGGAAAGAGAUUGAAGUUAGAGUUGCCGCUGCUAGACUCUUGCAGCAGAAAUCAGACACAUUGGGACAUAAUAACGGGGAGAGGAGUAACGAUAAGGGAGUAGAGUUAUCCUCUGGAAGUGAAAAGAGAGGAGAAAGGAGAAAGUAUGGGAUCAAUGCAAGAAGGAAUGGUACUAACAAGGAAAGGAAGGACUCGGUACAUUCAUAUUGGAACUCAAUGAAGACAGACAUGAAGAAGAAUUUGUUGAAAGUUAAAAUAGGUGAUUUGCAGGGUUAUUUUGGUUCGUCAAAGGAUGGGUUAGCGAGUGAGGUCCUGAAUGAGGCACUAACGUUUGCAGAGGGGAGAACUGGAUGGAGGUUUUGGCUUUGUUGCAGGUGCAUUGACAAGUUCUCGACAGCAGAGAAACUUAUACAUCACGUUGUACAAGAGCACAUGGGUAAUCUUGUGCCCAAGAUGCAGGCAGUCUUGCCUCAAAUUGUUGAAAAUGAGUGGAGUGAGAUGAUUAUCAAUUGUUCUUGGAAACCGUUGGACAUCACUUCUGCAGCUAGUAUGCUUGGAGAUCAAGGUAAAUGCCAGGAGCCAGAGCUUGUUCAGGACCUUUUCCAUGGAAACCAUGAUGGUGAGUGUGAUGAUUGCUUCAAGGAUGCAUGGGAUUCUUCUCCAGAGAAGGAAAUUAUGAGGGAUGGAUGUAGUGACAACAGCAGUGGAGGAAAGGAUACAGAUAGAAGUGCAGGUGCUGAGUGUAGAGAAUGUGAUGACAACCAAGGAUCUUUGGCAUAUCCUAUUGACAACUGGGCAUUAUCUGAGGACUCUGAGAGGGUGAAACUUCUUGAGAAAAUUCAUGCUGUAUUUGAAUCUCUUAUUAGUCACAAGUAUCUUGCUAUGAGCCAUCUUACCAAGGUGAUGCAACUUACGAUGGACGAGUUGCAAACCCUUCCUUCUGGUUCUCAACUUCUGAACCAUGGUUUAGACCGAACACCUAUGUUGAUUUGCUUUCUUGGAGCAUCCCAACUGAGAAAGAUCCUCAAGUUCUUGCAGGAUCUGUCUCAUGCUUGUGGUUUGGGCAGAUAUUCGGAUAUAGGUAGCGCGUUGGAUGAUACAAAUGGCGAGGUUCACACAUAUGAGUCUAAAGAGGAUCUUGUUCUUAGUGUCGAUGGAACAUUUCUCUACUUGGACGAGAGUCUAUUGCCUUCUGAAUGUGCGCGGGAGAAUGGUACCACGAGCUCUGGUAAUCCUGAAAACUUGGUUCCACCUGAUACCGAUUCAUUAUUGACAUGGAUAUUUUUAGGUCCCUCUAGUAGUGAUCAACUGCAGUUAUGGAUACGAACAAAGGAAGAAAAAAUACAACAAGGAAUGGACAUUGUUCAGACUCUUGAAAAGGAGUUUUACCAUUUGCAAAGCCUUUGUGAGAGGAAAUGUGACCAUUUAAGCUAUGAGGAGGCAUUGCAAGGUCUCGAGGAUUUCCUUCUUGAAGAAGCUAAGAAGAGAGAGGAUAUGGCUCCGUCUGAAGUAGAAAGCUUCGAUUCGAUUCUUAGGAGGAGGAGAGAUGAUGCCGUUAAUAGUGCGAAUGAUGGUCUGUUAAGUGACAGAAAGUACGAGUUAGAUAUUAUAUCAAGUGUGCUAAAAGAGGCAGAAACUUUGACAGUUAAUCAAUUUGGAUAUGAAGAUAAUUAUGGUAUGGCUUCUCAAUUAUGUGAUCUUGAAUCUGGUGAAAAUAGUGAUGGCAGAAGCAAAGACUAUAUCCAUCAAGUGGAUUCUUGCGUUGAAGUUGCUAUCCAGGGACAGAAAGAGCAGUUAUCUGUUGAGCUAAGCAAAAUAGACGCCCGUAUCAUGAGAAUUGUGACAGGGAUGCAGCAUUUAGAACGCAAACUUGAGCCUGUUUCUGCAUGUGACUAUCAGUCAAUACUAUUGCCUCUUGUGAAAUCUUAUUUGAGGGCUCAUUUAGAGGAUCUCGCGGAGAAAGAUGCCACAGAAAAGUCUGAUGCAGCCAGAGAAGCAUUUUUAGCGGAGCUUGCUCUAGAUUCUAAAAAAGCUGCCCGAGGAGGUAGUGAUACUUCAAGAAACCCACAUGAGAAGAAGGACAGGAAAAAGAGCAAAGAGUUGAAAAAGACAAAGGACUCUAAGACUUCUUUUGGCAAUGAGCUGCCGUUGCUUCAUGAUGAAACCACUGAGCAGGACACUUUUCUACUCUCGCCAGACGAUGAUCCAGGUUCUGAGAUUCUUCCUUCUGCAAAUGGUGUGGACCUGAGACAGCAGGAGGAAGAAUUUCGUCGCAAAAUUGAGCUAGAGGAGGAGGAAAGAAAGCUGGAAGAGACUCUAGAGUUCCAAAGGCGAAUUGAGAAUGAAGCAAAACUGAAGCACUUGGCUGGGCAGCAACAUAAGCGAGCUUCUAAGACAUUUCUAGAUAACCAUACUGAGACCCAGUUUGAUGUCUCCAAUGAGAAAGCAGCUAUUCAUGGCCAGAAUUCCUCGUUUCAGGAGCAGUUAGGAGAGGCAAAUGGCUUAUCUAGCAACAACGAAGUUGAACAAUUGACUGCUGGAAAUGCUUCCUGCUUGCUGAUUAAAUCUUCUCCAAUAUCUUCUUCUGAAGUUCUUAGUCAUGGGCGUAGUGGUCUCCCUAAUGGAGCUGCUACAGAAAAUGGUGUUCUAGGUUCUGAACGAAGGACGGGGAGGAGAGCUAGGCGACAGAAAACCUCUUCCAGAUCUGUUGAUAGCAAUUCUCAGCUUACAUCAGCUGAGAAAGAAAAUACACUUGUUGUGAGUGUUAAUCUGAAUUAUGGAGAUACGGGAACCAAGACAUUGAGACAGUUACAUGUGGAGGAAGAUUACGAGGAAAGAUUCCAGGAAGACCUUAGACAGGCUGUACAAAAAAGUCUGGAUGACAUACAAGUUCACCAGAACACGUCUUCCAUUCCAAACUUGAGAACGCCACCAAAGACAACUUUGGAGACGAGACCUUCAGAUGCCUUGCAAAAUGAGGUUGCAGUUGGAAAUGAGAAUGGAAUUGAUGUGUUUGGGACUGGCCUUCAGAAUGAUGUUGGUGAAUACAACUGCUUUCUGAAUGUAAUUAUACAGUCCUUGUGGCAUUUAAGGCGGUUUCGAUGUGAGUUCAUGAGGAGGUCGAUAUCAGAGCAUUUUCAUGUGGGAGACCCAUGUGUUGUUUGUGCAUUGUACGAUAUUUUUUCUGCUCUAAGCCAUGCAUCUAUAGAUGUCCGAAGAGAAGCUGUUGCUCCUACAUCCUUGAGGCUGGCUUUGAGCAACCUUUAUCCAGAUAGUCAUUUCUUCCAGGAGGCUCAGAUGAAUGACGCAUCUGAAGUGCUUGCUGUAAUAUUUGAUUGCCUUCAUCAAGCUUUUACAUCGGGAUCAAGCGUCUCUGAUUCCGAUUCAGUAGAAAGUAAUUCCAUGGGAUCUUGGGAUUGCACAAACAACAACUGCCUUGUCCACUCUAUAUUUGGCAUGGACGUAUUUGAAAGAAUGAAUUGCUACAGUUGUGGCUUGGAGUCUAGGCAUCUGAAGUAUACAUCUUUCUUUCAUAACAUAAAUGCCAGCUCUCUUAGAACAACCAAAGUGAUGUGUUCCGAAAGCUCCUUCGAUGAGGUCUUAAAUGUUGUAGAGAUGAAUCAUCAAUUAGCUUGUGAUCAUGAGGCUGGUGGUUGUGGGAAACCCAACUACAUUCAUCAUAUUUUAUCAACUCCACCACAUGUCUUUACGGCAGUGUUGGGAUGGCAAAAUACAUGUGAAAGUGCUGAAGACAUAGCAGCCACUUUGGUGACUUUAAGUACAGAGAUUGAUAUUAGUGUCCUCUACCGCGGUUUGGAUCCAAAGAAUGUGCAUACCUUGGUUUCAGUGGUCUGCUAUUAUGGACAACAUUAUCAUUGCUUUGCAUAUAGUCAUGAUUAUGAAAGGUGGAUUAUGUAUGACGAUAAAACUGUCAAGGUAAUCGGUGACUGGGCAGAUGUGCUUAGCAUGUGCCAGAGAGGGCAUUUACAACCUCAGGUUCUCUUCUAUGAAGCUGUGAACUAG